AUGGAGCCAUCUGUAUUGCGGACGUUGGUCCUUUUCUUCGGCUUCCUCGCCCUGGCCGACGCCUCCCCGGUCGACAAGCGCAGCACUCUCCAGAAGCGCGGUUCUUUCCUCGUCCCCCGAGUCCCCAACGAGAACUUCCAAGGCCACAAUGGACCGAGACAACUAAUCAAGGCCUACCGAAAGUACAGCAUGCCCAUCCCCCAGGGCCUCCUCGACGCCAUGGACGCCAUGGAUGCUCAGGCCGCCGCCAACCCUGCACCGGCAGCCCCCGUCAAGGCGGAAGGCUUCAAGUCUCUCGCCGCCGGCGCGAGCAACCAGACGGCCGCCGCUGGCCAGCCAGGAACCGGUCUCACCACCGCCACACCGAUCCGCAACGACGUCGAGUACGUUUCGCCCAUCAAGAUCGGCGGCCAGGAGGUCAACGUCGACUUCGACUCCGGCUCUUCUGACCUGUGGGUCUUCACAUCCAUGCUUGAUGCCGCCUCCCAACAGGGUCACCAGCUGUACGACCCUUCCAAGAGUACCGGUGGUGCCACCAUGAUCCAGGGCAGCUCAUUCAGCAUCCGCUACGGUGACGGCUCCGGUGCCCAGGGUGUCGUCGGUACUGACCGCGUCGAGAUCGGUGGCGCUGUUGUCGAGAAGCAGGCCAUCGAGAUGGCCACCGCCGUCUCCCAGCAGUUCGUCCGUGAUACCGCCAACAACGGUCUCAUGGGUCUCGCCUUUUCCAAGCUGAACACCGUCAAGCCUGACAAGCAGAAGACCUUCUUCGACAACGUCAUGCCCAGUCUCGCUGAGCCUGUCUUCACUGCCGACCUCCGCAAGAAGGCCGUCGGUGCCUACGAGUUCGGCCGCAUUGACAAUACCAAGUUCACCGGCCAGAUGACCUGGAUCCCCGUCAACACCACCAGCGGUUUCUGGCAAUUCCCCUCCGAGAAGUUCGCCGUCGGUGGUGGUGCCGUCCAGCAGGGUACCGCUGGUGCUCAGGCCAUUGCCGACACCGGAACGACCCUCAUCUUGGCCAACCCUCCCAUGGUCCAGGCCUACUACUCCCAAGUCCAGGGCGCCCAGAACGACCAGACUGUCGGUGGUGUCACCUUCCCUUGCAACGCUCAGCUUCCCGACCUCAUGAUGGAUAUCGGUGGUGUCUACAUGGCCCGUGUCAAGGGUAGCGACAUCAACUUUGCUCAGGUCGAUGCUCAAACUUGCUUCGGUGGACUCCAGGCAACCACUUCCAAGCUCCAGAUCUACGGAGACAUCAUGUUCAAGUCGCAGUUCGUCGCCUUCAACGGUGGCAACAUGUCUCUGGGCAUGGCGGAGCACAUUGUCAACAGCCAACAAGCGGCACCCGCAGCUGGCGCAGCGGCGUAA